AUGUCAUGUGCCUCGAAAACAGACGAGGACUUCAUGCGAUUGGCUUUGGAAGAAGCCAGGGCUGCGAUGCUGGAGGGAGAGGUGCCUGUUGGCUGCAUCUUGGUCAGUCAAACCGGAGAUGUGCUUGCACGUGCGGGCAACGAGACGAACCGUUCCCGGAAUGGCACGCGCCACUGCGAGUUUGUGGCCUCUGAGAGGGUGCUUCGGCAGGCAGAUGGGCCAACACUUCUUCGAAGUAGCACGCUGUACGUGACUCUGGAGCCCUGCAUCAUGUGCGCCGCAGCUCUGCAGUAUCUCGGCAUCCCGGAAGUCGUGUUUGGCUCUGCGAAUGUUCGCUUCGGUGGAUGUGGCGGCGUUUUCAAGAUUCACAAGAUGAAGGUGUCGAAAUCAGGUCCCGGCAGCGGUGCUGACGCAGCGCGAGAAGCCCUUCCUGGUUUCGUAUGCCGGGGCGGCGUGCUGGCUGAGGAAGCUGUUGAGCUGCUUCGAGAGUUUUAUGCGACCGGCAACCCCAAUGCCCCUGAAGCGAAGCGACAUCGACCGCUCCCGAAUGCUUCGACGUGA